AUGUCGUCGCCGGAACCACCACAGUCGCCGGUCGGGGCCGUCGAGGCGGCCCGGCGCGAGAGCCAGCAGGCCGCGUACAAGCAGCUGCGCGCUACUCUGAAGAAGCUCGAUCGCCUAGACGUCCCCGUGCUGGAGGACUCGCACCUGCAGGCCCUGGGCAUCCGCAAGCUCCCUGAUAUCGAUGUCGACGAGUAUGCGCCGUUUGACCCGGAACCUCUGUUCUUUCGUCCUUACCCAUUGGGCGAGGAGGAAGACCUGCCGGAAUUUGUACACGAUUCCCUUCAGGAGGGCUGGUAUGAUCCGGACUUGCAAUGGAAAAAGCCUUGUACGGAAUCGUACUGCCCGGGCGAUUUGAUUUCUUAUCGUCACCAUUGCUCUUGUGCCCGAUACUGUUGGGCGAACUGCAUGGCUGGACAAUUCGAUGACGGUAUUAUGGGGAAGACACAAUGGCGUUACACCAACUCUCUGUCAGACGACGACCGCAUGUACAUAGAGGAGGACAUUUCCCACAGUUUUACCCGCACCUGGGGCCGCGGCCGGGACAGCGGCUGGGAACUCCUCGGUGCGUACGGCACUCCGGGCUUCUACAUGCAAUUUUCGACUUUUGAUAAACUGGAUAUGAGCAAACCGCACAUUGGUGUGGCUGUGUGCGACUCAUCCAGGAGCAGCGAGGCCACUCUUGCCAGUGAGGUGGCCGCAGCGAUCACAGUGCUCAAAUUCCGCUUUCGCCGCGGUGAAUUUGUCCACUUUCACACCAUACCUAUCAUCAUCUACAGCUUCCACCACGACGAAUCUGCUCGGAUUACCCAGGCGCAUUGGGAUGAUAAGGGGCUCGUCAUCCGCCACUCGAGGUUGCUUGAUCUCCGCGGUGACCAGCCCACGAGGGAUGCUUAUCUUUUGAUAAGAUGGAUGGCCAACAAGCCAGUUGGAGAAACUGCCUACCAUGUCAUGCAAGAAGCCAACAGUAUGGGCAACGCUGAGAGGCCACGGCCAGAUUGUGCCACACGCUGGGACAUUAGUGUGGGGGCUUGA